AUGCCUGGUCUCGUCAGUGAUGCCACUCGAAUCUGGGAACUCAACGUUCAAUGGGCAGUCAAUGCCCAGUGCGGUGUCUGGGAUCCCAGGAGAAAGGGGGUCGACAUCUGGGAGUGCAUUCGUGCUCAUUGCUCCACUCCCGGUACCGAGCCACCCAACAACCAAUACUGGCGUUACGUCGCUCGUCGAUAG